UCUAACCAGGUUUAAAUUCAAACUUGUCCCACUUCAACUUAGCAUCUGUUGGAACCAGCUCAGUCUCUGCGUGUUGCACCUGACAUAGGUCAUUGUGGAGGCUGCCAGGCCGCUGUGGUCUGCACCCAAGCCCGUGGAGAUGGCUUCUGGAGCGUCUCCAAUGCUGGGACUGGAUUUGACCAUCAACCCUGGCCCCUCCAUGCUUCCUUUCAAUCCCCUGCCCCUUGCCACUCCAGGCCUCCCUCACCUGACACCUUGGGAGCCACCCCCACCCCCAUUCAUGACCCCAGUCUUCCCUCCGGCCAACCCUCUGGUGAUGUCAGCUUUCCCCAGGCCACCUUUGGUGGUGGGAGCACCUGGCCCUGGCCCCCAGGAGGCAGGGGCUUGCAAUGUUCUUCUGCAAGUCAGGUCCGAGGCGGGGCCAGUGGUGCCCCCCCAGACUCAGACCUUCGUCGUUUCAUCAGCACCCGUCACCUGGAGUGCUCCAGGGGCCCUCUGUGGGGCAGCUGGCUAUCCUGCUCCCCUAUUCGUGGCAGCCUCUACAGCUGAGACCAUUGUGCCCAGCCCAGUUGUUGUGGGCACGCAGGCUGGCAAUGGAGGCUGGGCCCUAGGCCUGCCUCCUCACGCUCCACCACCCGCUGCCCAGCUGGCCCCCAUCAUGCUCCCAGUGAACACUGGGCCAGAGCCACAAGGGGCUUCCAGGGAGGCUGGGCCAGCUGCCACCCAGAACAAUGCCUCAGCUGAUGACUCCUGCAACGCCAAGAGCGUUUACGAGAACUUCCGGCGGUGGCAGCGCUUCAAGGCCCUGGCCCGGAUGCACCUUCCUCAGAGUCCGGACACGGAAGCCCUCUCCUGCUUCCUCAUCCCUGUGCUUCGGUCGCUGUCCCGCCUGAAGCCCACCAUGACGCUGGAGGAGGGCCUGUGGAGAGCCGUGCGGGAGUGGCAAGCCAAGAGCAACUUUGACAGGAUGAUCUACUACGAGAUGGCGGCCAAGUUCAUGGAAUUUGAAGCAGAGGAGGAGAUGCAGAUGCAGAACUUACAGAGCACGAUGGGGGUGCGGUACCUGCCAACUCCUGCCCCACCCCAGCCUGAGAGUCGGGGCCCCCCACCCCCACCGCUGGCUCAGCAGCCAGCCUGUGGCCCCAGGAAGGCCGGUGCCAGGGCCCAGGCCGCCCGCCAGCGGCCACACCGCCCCCUGCGGCCCCGUGAGGCCAAGGCACCCAAGGAGAUCCCCCCUGAGGCCGUGAACGAGUAUGUGGACAUCAUGGACGCUCUGCUGGGGCUCCUCUCGGGGGAACCCCUGGGAGAAUGCAUUGAGGCGGAGAAGGAGCAGCAGGAAGACGAGGAGGGAAACUACCCUGACCCGGGGCUCCUGAGCUACAUUGACAAGCUGUGCUCCGACCAACACUUUGUCACCAAGGUGGAGGCGGUCAUUCACCCCCGCUUCCUGCAAGAGCUGCUUUCCCCAGAGCCAGAGCUGGAUCUGUCAGCCCUCGCUGCGGAGCUGGAGCAGGAGGAAGGACUGACCCUGGCACAGCUGGUCGAGAAGCGGCUCUUGGCUCUGAAGGAGGAAGGGGCCGUGCUGGACGUCCCAAGCCACUGUGCGCCCAAAGUGGACUCAAAGUCCCCCAAGUCUGACGGACCUGGCUCCCAGCCAAGGGCCAGUGGUGACGGGUGCCCCGGGAACCCUGACUGUAAGGCCCCUCCAAGAGCCAGCCAAGUGGACACUGGCCUGUCCAGGCCUCGCACCGCUGCCUUCUCCUCGGGACAGCAAGAGCCCCCUCCAGUUCAGGCUGGACACCCCGCCUGUCCCCCACAGAUUCAGAAAUGUGCUUCCUCUAGAUUGGGCAGUGGAGACUCCUGCGUCCUGGGGCAGACCUCUGCAGUCAGGGGGAUUCAUGUGCCAGCGGAUGGGUCCAGUGAGGAGGAUGAGGAGGAGCUCCCCAGUCUGGCCUUCCUCCUGGCCUCUCAGCACAGCCUGCUGCCCUGGGGGCUCCCCCAGAGUCCUGGCCCUGCCUCCACUACUGGCUCUGGCGGUCAGCAGGCAAGCCAGUUCCCCUGUCCUCAGAGGCGGGGCCUCAAUCCAGCUGGGCCUCGUGGGGCCAAGUCUAGGAAGCGCCCUCUGUGUGUGGGCCCAGCUCCUGCCAACAAGAGCCCCCUCCCAGGGGCUGACCCGGGGGUGUCUGGGAGGCCAGCCUCGCCACUGGAGCUGCUUGGCCCCUCAAUUCCUUGGAAGAGAAGGUGUGCUCCUCUUUUCACAGGGCACAGGAGGAAGCGCCAUUGCAGCCAGUAGGGAGCAGCAGGAGGCCCCUUCAUGUUUCCCCCCAGGGGUGGGGGCUCUGACUUUGUCCUUGCUCUCCCCAGUGGAGGAUCCUCGGGGACUCCUCCUCAUCUCAGUUAUUAACUAGCUGUCCUUG